AUGCUUUCUUUCUUUCUUUCUUUCUUUCUUUCUUUUCUUUCUUUCUUUCCUUUCUUUCUUUCUUUCUUUCUUUCUUUCUUUCUUUCUUUCUUUCUUUCUUUCUUUCUUUCUUUCUUUCUUUUCCGACACAGCUUUCUUCGCCUUUUCAAUAUUAUGCUUUCUUUCUUUCUUUCUUUCUUUCUUUUCUUUCUUUCUUUCUUUCUUUCUUUCUUUCUUUCUUUUUCCGACACAGCUUUCUUCGCCUUUUUCAAUAUUAUGCUUUCUUUCUUUCUUUCUUUCUUUCUUUCUUUCUUUCUUUCUUUCUUUUCCGACACAGCUUUCUUCGCCUUUUCAAUAUUAUGCUUUCUUUCUUUCUUUCUUUCUUUCUUUCUUUCUUUCUUUCUUUCUUUCUUUCUUUCUUUUCCGACACAGCUUUCUUUUCAAUAUUAUGCUUUCCAUCUUUCUUUCUUACUUGCAUUCUAUCUUUCUUACUUUCUUUUUAACCAUUUAUUUCACUUUACUUUCCUUAUCUCAAUUGUCUCGCCAUUUCAUUUUCCGUUUGUCACUCUUACUUCAGCUGACUUGAUUUUAUUUUUAUUUCUUCUUCAAUAUUCUUAUCUAUCUUUGCUUUCUUCAAAGAAACGGAUUUUUCUCAAUUUUUUUUUUUUGCAUUUUAUCUUCUGUUCAUUCAGUUGA